UCUGGGUUUUGACUCUGCAACAUCACAAGCACUCUUCAUUCCUUCACACUUCACACACAGUGAGAGAGAUUGAAGAAGAAGUGAUGGAAGAUCAAGUGCAGUGUGAAGUUGGCAAAAAGGAAAACCCUGUUCGAGUAUAUGCUGAUGGAAUCUAUGAUCUCUUUCACUUCGGCCAUGCCCGUUGUCUCGAACAAGCCAAGAAAUCGUUUCCAAACACUUAUCUCCUUGUUGGAUGCUGCAAUGAUGAGACAACCCACAAGUAUAAGGGCAAAACUGUUAUGACCGAGAAGGAACGAUAUGAGUCUCUUCGCCACUGCAAGUGGGUUGAUGAAGUUAUUCCAGAUGCGCCAUGGGUAAUCACUAUGGAGUUCCUUGACAAGCAUCAGAUUGACUAUGUCGCACAUGAUUCUCUUCCCUAUGCUGAUACAAGUGGAGCUGGAAAUGAUGUCUAUGAAUUUGUUAAGUCUGUUGGAAAAUUUAAGGAAACCAAGCGGACUGAAGGAAUUUCUACUUCUGAUAUCAUAAUGAGAAUUAUCAAAGAUUAUAACCAGUAUGUAAUGCGUAAUUUGGACCGUGGUUAUUCAAGAAAGGAUCUAGGUGUCAGCUAUGUCAAGGAGAAGAGAUUGAGAAUGAACAUGGGACUUAAAAAAUUGCGUGAGAGAGUAAAGAAACAACAAGAGGUGGUGGGAAAGAAGAUAGAAACGGUAGGAAAAAUUGCUGGAAUGAACCGUACUGAAUGGGUAGAAAAUGCGGACCGCUUGGUUGCUGGAUUUCUUGAGAUGUUUGAAGAAGGCUGCCACAAAAUGGGAACAGCAAUUAGAGACAGAAUUCAAGAACGACUGAAGACACAGCAGCUUAAAUCUCUACUUUAUGAUGAGUGGGAUGAUGAUGAUGACGUAUACGAUGAUGAAUCUGUAGAAUACUACAGCGACUAAAGGAACAAAUAUGCUUGUAUAUUCCUGGAUUCAGAAUACUUCUAUCAUUAAGUGUUAAGAUACCAGAUAAGUCAUGCAUGCAAGAUGGUUUGGAUAUUUUUUACUUUUUGUACAUAGCAUUGUAAACGUUGGUUAUUUAGCAUUUGGUUGUUGAUUUUCUAUGAGAAGUAGACUUUUUUGUUGGAAA